AUGUCUCAUGGUGAACAGCAGAAUGACCUGGUGCUGUCUACCCUGGUCUCCAUCCACCCUGGUCUCUAUCCACGGGCCAGACCAUUGGUUCAGACAUUCACAUCCUGGAAAGCUCCUAUCAUCUGGGAGGGGAUGUUUGACUCCAUUCUUUAUGACCAAAGGCACGCUGACAAAAAUUCAUCUGUGGCUCUUACUGUGUUUGCUGUGGGAAGGUACCUGGAUGCCUACCUCAAGACUUUCCUCACCUCAGCAGAACAACAUUUUAUGUUGGGAUUACCAGUGACGUAUUACGUGUUCACAGAUUCACCAGAGAAAGUACCAAAUAUCACACUUGCUUCUCUGCGAUACAUAAAGAUUGUCCAAGUGGAAAAGCACACCAGGUGGCAGGACAUCUCUAUGAUGCGAAUGAGAACAAUAUCAGAAACAAUAGAGUCAGAAAUCCGUCACAAAUUUCAUUAUGUCUUCUGUUUUGAUGUGGAUCAGGAGUUUAAGGGGAGAUUUGGGUCUGAGGCACUGGGUGAUUCUGUGGCAUUGCUCCAUGCCCACUAUUAUAAAUUACCAAAAGCCCGGUUUACCUACGACAGAAACCCCAAAUCUAAAGCCUUCAUGGAAACUGGAGAUUUCUACUACCAUGCUGCUAUCUUUGGAGGACUGUGGCAAAAUGUAAAGCAUUUGGUAGAUGCCUGUUAUCUGGGCAUCAUAGAGGAUAAACUAAAUAAUGUGGAAGCUCUGUGGCACGAUGAGAGCCAUCUAAACAAGUACUUUUGGAUUCAUAAACCAAGCAGGCUGCUCUCUCCAGAGUACUGCUGGGACCAGAGCAUUUGGGACAAGCGCGAUAUACUUGUCACCCGCCUAGUGUGGGCACCAAAACAUUAUGACACACUUCGUACUUGGUAG